AUGUCUCGCUACGGUGGUGGCGACACCACGAGGGUUGUCUAUCGAGAUGCUCGUGACGUCGAAGGCGGAUCGACUGUGUCACGUUCAGCAGCAGCACCCCGCAGUAACAACGAAAGCUACACCACUCGCAAGGUCUAUCGCGUGUCCAACCAAGAUGAAGAGGAAGAACGUAUUCCGGCCUUUCUGGCCCCUCGCGAGCGCACCUACGGAGAGACUCGUGUCGUCCGCCGAGAGAGAACUCCGGAGCCCGAGCCUAUCGUUGAGCGUCGAGAGAUUCGAAUCAGAGAGAGAACUCCUGAACCUGAACCUGAACCUGUUGUUGAGCGUCGAGAGAUCCGGAUCGAACGAGAACGCGAACCUCAGCCUGAACCCCGACGCUACGAAACAGAAUAUCGAUAUGAUCGAGAAAUUGAUCGAGUAGCACCUCGUCGCGACGAUCUUGAAAGAUACGUCAGGACUGUAGACUACUACCCACGUCAAGAGGCCCCCCAGCCUAUCAUCAUUCGCCAAGAGCCGCAACAGAUCAUCAUCCAAGAAGCACCGCGACCACCCCUUGUAGUGUCACCACCACCGCUACCAGCAACCCAGGAAGAAAGCUAUGAUAUCAUCAAGCGCUCUGAGGUUCGCUCAGAGGUCGGACACCGCUCCGAAAGCCAUCGCUCUGAAGUCGGAGAAGAGCGCCAGAUUGCUCGACGGCCGAAGCCGCCGAAGCCAGAACCCGAAGAGGAAGAGGAAGAUUACUAUUAUGAGCGCAGAACACGUCGAAUCGAUGGCCGCGAUCGUGAUGAUGAAGAGUACGAAUCGAGUCAUCGUCGUCGUGACAGAGAAAGAGACGUCAGCCCUGGCGAUUCGAUCUCUCAGUAUGGCCGUGAUCGUCGAGGUGGCUACGACAGUGAUUCUAGCUAUGAGUACAUUAAGAGAGAGACACGUGAGGAGUUCAGCGAUGAAGAGCCUCGUCACCGACGGCAUCUUGCUGAGGGUGCUGCAGUUGGUCUUGGAGCUGCUGAGCUACUGCGCCAUCACCGUAAGAAGAAAGGGGAAGAUGAAGGCGGCCGCGGUAGUCGUGUAGGCAGGGACGUUGGAGCCGCAGCCUUGGGUGCCAUCGGUGCGGAGGCUGUGACACGAGCCCGAAGCCACUAUCGAAGCAAGAGCCGCCGUGGAUCUCGAGAUCGCGGAUCUCGGGACCGUGACCGUGAUCGUGACCGUGACCGUGACCGUGACGGCGACCGUGAAGGACGGCGGAAGCACAAGCGCGAUAAGUCUCGUGGCAAAGAACGAAGCCGGAGUGAAUCAAACCAUCGCGUCAGGAAUCUCGCAGGUUUGGGUCUUGGAGCCGCUGCUGUUGCUGCUGCCGUCGGCUACGCAAACAGGAACGCAAAGAAGAACGAAGGCCAAGAUCGGCGCAGCCGCUCAAGGACUCGAAGGAAUUCUGUCGGCGCUCUCCCUGCACCCGAGGAGGCGGAUGAUGCUCGAAAUGCUUCUCACAGGAACAAGAAGAUUGCCCAAGCUGGUCUGGCCGGCGCCGCCGUGGCUGGGCUUGUAGAAAGAGCUAGAAGCAAGUCUCGCGGGGGUGGGAAGAGGGAUCGUUCCAAGAGUAGAAUUCGCCAAGGUCUUCCAAUUGCUGCUACUGCUCUAGGUUCCGCUGCUGUCGCAGGCUUGUAUGAGAAACAGCAAGCUGGCAAAAAAGAGAAAGAAGCCCGACGUGAAGAACGUGCAGCCCGGAGGUCAGCAAGAUCGAGAUCCAGGUCACACGGUUAUGACGCUUCUCGUGAAGCUCCGGUCGGAGAUCCCGGCCUCAUCGAGUAUGGACAAGAACCGGUCUACAAUCAAAAUGGAGUGCCGGACUUCUACAAUCGACCAGCAAGUCAGCAAGGUUACUACAACAACACUGAAGACGCUAUGGUUCCUGCUGCAACUGCAGGUGCAGCAUAUGGAGCUCAAGCUCAAAGAGACAUGGACAGGGGCCAGAGGCAACGAAGCAUUUCUUCUGGAUCAGAUGAUGGUCGUCGAAGAAGAAGACACCGACGUCAUAAGAGUGGGAGCCGUAGUCCGAGCCGUAGCAGAGAUGCAACCACAGCAGCUCUUGCGGCAGGAGCAGCAGGUUUGGCUGCUUCUGAACAUGAGAAGAGAAAACAACGCAAGAGGGAAAAGAAGGAAGAACGUAGACGUCAAGAAGCAGCUGAAAGGGCGUCGUAUGGCCAAGAUCCGUACGGCCAGCAAUAUCAGCCCAAUAGUCCACCACCUGCUGGGUAUCAAAAUGAAGGACAACAGACUCCUUAUUAUCCUCCUCCACCCGGCCAAGAGUAUCCUGGUGCUACCCCUGCCCCUGUCGGCCAGAUUCAGCAGGAAUACAAUUACCCACAACAACCAGGCUACACACCUCCAGUGCCCAACACCUAUUCUCCAACUCCCGGAGCGGCUGGAUAUGCUCCGCAACCUAGGGAGCCCAGGAGGGCUGAUGAGAAUGUGUAA